CCAAUGAUGACACUGGAAGUUCUACUGAUUUUUCACUGAACGAUGAGGACUACAAUGUAGAUUCCGACUCAAAUGAUGUAAAAUCAAUAUCUAAAAUCAUAACCUCCCUUGUAGAAUACGCGAGCGAAAUAAACUAUGUUAGACGCAACUCCUCAAACUUGCAGGGAGUUUUCAAUGGUAAACUUAAAAAAGUUGAGAAUGCACUAAUUAUAACCUCACAUGAACUUGAAAAAACCUCAAUCGAACCUACAAAUAAUCAAAAAUUAAUAGAAGAAAACCUUAACUUAAUUAAAAUUAAUAAUAAUCUUGAAAAAAAAAUCAAGACACUAGAGUCACGAAUAGCAAAACUUGAAUCUGCUUCGACUAAUUUAUCUACAAACCUACCUUCGCAAAAUCAAAAUAUUCUCUCAUCCCCUAACAAGCUAACUAUCGACUCUCUCCUCCAAUCAAUUAAUGAUAAUAUUGAUAAAAAGAUGAAGGAUCUCAAAACAGAAAUUCUUACUCACGUUAGAAACAGUACAUCUAAUUCUAAUACAUUUUCGGCUAUCCAACAAAUUCCUGCUGCGCAUACGAGCUCCUCUGCCCCGAGUACAAUUCCUAACUCACCUCUACCAAACCCUAAUAAUGAGAUGUGGGUCAAAGCUGUUGGAAGAAAAUCCAAAAAGAAAGCGAUACCGGCUAAUAAUGAUAUGAAUACCUACAAUCACAAUACAAACGUGUAUAACAUUCCUACUGUUCCCACUCCAACUCUUACCUCUCGGAACACCAAGCCUAGUGUCCCUAUAAGAAAACCAAGGAAUGUGGAGGUCUUAUACAUUACAGAAAAUAAAAAUAGCAACACAAAAAUAAGUCAAGUUUUAACAAAAGCUAAAGAAAACAUAAAUAUACAAGAGCUGGGCAUCUGCGCAAUUAAUCCACGUGCAUCGUUAAACGGCGGACUCAUUCUUGAGUUCCCGAAAUCUAAUGAAAAAGAGGUUGCUCCUAUCCUAAUGGAAAAGAUUAAAUCUUUGUUCCCACCUGGCGAAAUAGCAGUUUCCUGUCCAAAAAAAUACAAAGAGGCCCUGUCCGUCCAAAUUUAAGAGGCUCUGCGACAGUAUGGU